CUCGGAAUACGAAUUAUUAAUUAUCCUUAUCCGCCUGAUAUCAGAAAUGGCUAGUCUGGCGGCUGAGUUGGAUAAUAAAGGCAGCGAUUUUUUGGUCGGUUUCCGAUGUCUGUUACGGCGAAAGCCAGUUGACUCCGCGGCGACUCGUACACGGGACGACGGAGGACAUCCGCAAUUGGCUCGAAAGCUCUCUGUAUUUGAUCUGAUCGCCAUGGGUGUAGGAGCAACCAUUGGGGCUGGAGUUUAUAUUCUUGUUGGAACCGUGGCUAGAGAGCAUACAGGGCCUUCUCUUGCUAUUUCUUUCUUCAUAGGUGCAGUUGCUGCUGCACUUUCUGCCUUUUGUUAUGCAGAGCUUGCAUGCCGUUGUCCAUCUGCUGGGAGUGCAUAUCAUUUCUCAUAUGUCUGUAUAGGAGAAGGGGUUGCAUGGUUAAUUGGUUGGGCUAUGAUACUUGAGUACACUCUUGGUGGUGCAGCAGCUGCUCGUGGCAUAUCUCCAAAUGUGGCCAUGUUUUUUGGAGGUGUAGAUAAACUUCCUACAUUUUUGGCUCGUCAAACAUUCUUGGGCAUCUUAGUUGACCCAUGUGCUGCUGUCCUGGUUCUCAUUAUAACUGUCCUCCUCUGCACUGGAAUCAAGGAGAGCUCUCUUGCACAGACCAUCAUCACAGCAGUAAAUAUUUUUGCUUUGAUGUUUAUUGUCAUUGCUGGUACAUAUCUCGGAUUUAAGACUGGAUGGGCAGGCUAUGGACUUCCAAACGGGUAUUUUCCUUUUGGGAUAAAUGGCUUGCUUGCAGGAUCUGCUACGGUCUUCUUUUCUUACAUUGGUUUUGAUAUUAUUGCCAGCACUUCUGAGGAGGUGAAAACCCCCCAACGUGAUAUGCCUCUUGGUAUAGGGGCUGCACUAGCUAUAUGUGCCAUAUUAUAUAUGCUUGUAUCGGCUGUCAUCGUUGGUUUGGUGCCAUAUUAUGAUCUUGAUCCAGACACACCAGUUUCCUCUGUUUUUGCUAACUAUGGCAUGAAUUGGGCUGUUUACAUAAUCACAACUGGAGCAGUUACUGCUCUUUGUGCAAGUUUAAUCGGUGCAAUUAUUCCGCAGCCUCGAAUUCUGAUGGCAAUGGGUAGGGAUGGAUUACUGCCUUCCUUCUUUUCAGACAUUAGUAGGCACACUCAAGUUCCUCUUAAGAGUACCUUAGCAACUGGAAUUUUCAUUGCAGUCCUAGCCUUCUUUAUGGACGUUUCACAAUUGGCAGGGAUGGUUAGUGUCGGAACGCUUCUUGCAUUUACUACUGUUGCUAUUUCCGUACUGGUAGUCAGAUAUGUUCCACCACCAGAUGAGUUGUCUUACCCAUCAUUGCUCCAGCAAUCCGUAACUGCUGAAUCGUCCCUGUUACGACAUAGAAACACACUUGGAAUAGGUGAUGAAAGCACUAAUUCUAAGCGCAGUACUUACACUAACAGUGAACAUCCUCAUUGUGUGGCUGGAUGCCCUCUUCUUCAAAAAGAAGUAGCUCAAGAUACUUGUGAUGAAUUCAGGAGACAAAAAAGUGCUUCUUGGGCCAUUACUCUAGUAUGUGUAGGGAUCCUUAUGCUGGUAUCUGCUGCUUCCGCUCAGGGUCUUUCCAGCAUUCCUCGCUUUGCAGUUUGUGGAGUUGGUGGCAUUAUCGUGUUAUGCUGCUCGACUGUCCUUGGCUGUUUGGAUCAAGCUUCUAAGAGGGUGAGUUUCAAGAAAUCAGGAGGUUUUCUCUGCCCAUUUGUUCCAUUUCUACCUAUUACCAGCAUACUUGUGAACACAUAUUUGCUGUUGAACAUCGGGGCCGCAACUUGGAUGUUUGUUCUUCUAUGGUUGGCAGCUGGAGUUUUGAUUUACGCUCUAUAUGGCCGAACUCAUAGCUGUCUUCAAAUGCACAUAACAUCUCCUGAUAUUACCCGUUUGAGUUAACAUGGAGGAGGAGAUUGGGAUUUGGACCUACUUUUGAAGUGGACGACUUUGGAUCUUAGUCGCAUGGGUUUUGUAUAUGUAAUAGACAUUUCGUUAGGAGUAUGAUAGGUGUACAAAGUUGGCAUCUUGUUGUGUCUAAUUUGGAAGAACUCACGCUGAUUAGCGAAUUUGGAGGAACCCAUUUGAAAACUACUAUUUUCAUCUUUUCAACCUUAUUACUAAGUCUGUAACUUUUGAUAUCACAUGUUUGAAUUGUGUAAUAAAUCAAAAUAAAUAAGUUUGAAGUUACUUUUGUGGCUGAAUUGGUUGAAGUCA